AAACCCUAAAGCUCCAUGGAUUCUUCUUCUUCUUCAUCUCAGCAAAACCAAUAUCCUUCUUAUCCUGCAUCCCAACAACAAUCCUACAACCCAUCUCGUUUUCAAGCCUAUGAUCGUCAAUCAUAUUACUCCAAUUAUCAAGACCCACAUCAACAACAACAGCCGCAGAUAUAUCAUCAUCAACAACAGCAGCAGCAGCCGCAACAUCAUCAUCAACAACCCCAACAACAAUAUUCAUCGUAUUACCCUCCCAAUUAUUCAAAUUCAUAUCCACCACAACACCCACAAGCCCAUCAACAAUGGAAUCAUCAAGAACCCCCAAUUCAUCCGCCAGGGGUUUCAAUUCAACCCUUUUCGGCAUCACAUGGGCAACCGCACUUUCAGUUACCGAAUCAGCAGAAUGGUUAUCACUUGCCCCAAAGGACAGACGGGAUUGGGCUAGGGAUGAAUCCUGUGGCAGCGUUGGCACAGUUGAACCAGUUAGCUGGUUCCGUGGGUGCAGCGGCAAGGCUGACUGCCACGGGUGGAUUGCACGGCCAGAGUUGGUACCCCCAGGCUCAAGGGUUCGGACCCGUGAUUGGAGGACCGGGUGCCUAUUCGGGUCCGGGUCUGGGAUCUGGUGCAUUUCCUGGAAAUGGGGCGGGGCCAUCUGGAUUGCAUUCUCAUGUUGGUCAAUCAUUAGAUAAGGGUGGUGGUAGAAGGAUGGGUGGUGAUAGAAGGAGGGGUGGUGGUCAGAGCAAAGGUGGUGAUAGAAGGAGGGGUGAUGGUCAGAGCAAAGGUGGUGAUAGAAGGAGGGGUGAUGGUCAGAGCAAAGGUGGUGAUAGAAGGAGGGGUGAUGGUCAGAGUAAAGGUGGUGAUAGGAGGGGGGAUAAAGUUAGCAAUUCUGCUGGAGUUGGUAGGUGUGACCUGUGCAAUGUUGAUUGCGGUUGUUUGGGCAUCCUUAAGAUGCACUUGAAUGGAAAGCGGCACAAAAGGAACUUGGAAAAAUUGGAAGCAAAUGAAAACAGAACUGUUAGUGAUGUCGAGAAUGUGCAGAAACCUUCUGGUGAUUUAGAACCAGGAACAGCCACGAAGCCUGAUAACUUGCUUGUGGAAGAAGAGACUAAGCAGAAUGUACCACAAAAUAUUCCUUUAACAGCCAUGAAGCCUGAUGACUUGCUUGCUGAAGAAGAGACAAAGCAGAAUCCACCACAACAUAUUCCUUUAACAGACAUGAAGCCUGAUAACUUGCUUGUGGAAGAAGAGACUCAGCAGAAUCCACCACAAAAUAUUCCUUUAACAGCCAUGAAGCCUGAUGACUUGCUUGCUGAAGAAGAGACAAAGCAGAAUCCACCACAAAAUAUUCCUUUAACAGACAUGAAGCCUGAUAACUUGCUUGUGGAAGAAGAGACUCAGCAGAAUCCACGACAAAAUAUUCCUUUAGAUACUUCAUCUUCUGAAAAUAAAUUAGUAACUGAACAGAAAAUCAAUAAUGCACAACAAGCUGAUCCACCUAAAGAUGCAAAUCGAGAUUCACCGGAAAAGAAACCUAUGAUGAAUCAAUCUGGAAAUCAGAGGUCCAGUGUGAAACGUAAGACAUUAGUUGGUGGAAGGAAGAAAAAUAAAGCUUCUAAAGCAAGGAGGCUGGCGAUUGAACCUUCCAAUUCUAAUGUUGCAAUUCCUUUGAUGUGUGACCUGUGUAAUGUGCAAUGUGAUACACGGGAGAUUCUGAGACAACAUCUUUUGGGUAGACAGCACAAGUCAGCGCUCAAGUGUGUUGAAGGUCACCACCCUAUAUAUGGACAAGCAGGACUUCAAGCAAUUUAUCCGCCUAAUCCCAUCACAAAUUCCCUACACCAUUCACAGGGUGCUCAACAAGUUUUGAAUGGUGCUCAAGCUUCAGAUCCCAUUGCUGGUGCUUCUCUUCUUCCUCAAAAUGAAAAUGCUGUGCCUUCUGCGACAGGAGUCAGUUUGAAUUGAUAUGGAAGAAAGGUAACAACUAUACCUGCAAUGCGCAGAGAAAUGACGCCCAAUCUGUGAAUAAUCUGGGUGACUACUACAUCUGAUCAUGUAAUUGCAGGUUAGCAGCAGGUGACGACGGUCCAUUUGCAGUUGAUGUUGUUGGCUUCCUACUUUAAAAAAUCCACCUCUGAUCAGAUGGUGAAAAUUACAUAUAUGACUCACUGUUAGGCGCGAGCUUUGGCUUGUUUUCUUCUCCCCCUUUCACACACGGGGAUAGUUCAGAAAGUUACAAUUGUUAAGCCAGCUGGUAAUUUUACUCAAACAAGUUCAGAAGUAAUUUUACUCAAGUCUGAGAACGUAGUAGUUACUGUUACUGUUAUUGUCUGCCUCCUUGGUAGUGAAAAUGCUUAGAGAAGAAUUAAGGUGUAGUUUGAUGUUUAGAUUUCAUUUAGCUGUUAUAAACAAAAAAAAAAUAGUUUAAUAUUUUUAUCUACCAAGAAGAAGGAAUGUAUUUGUUAACCAAUUUAACCAAAACAAAAUAAAAAGGCAAACACCGGUAGUUUUUCUUGUGAAGUUAUGACUGUAAUUGACAUAUGCCAUUUAAAUAUAGUUUUUUCUUUUAG